AUGUUGAACACUGUAUUCCUCCGCACGUCUGCCCCGGCAUGUGGCAGAUGUUUGAAAAUCUCCGGUAACGUGUCAAUUGCAUCAUUGACAGCUACGCGACGACACAAUAGCUCAGACUCUAAACCAAACGCAUUGACGAUACACGGCAAAGUCUACCCAUCAGACUCCUGGACAAAUGUUCCGAGUACCAUUUUGGAAAAUGUAUCACGAAAGCUGCACCAGCAGGACAACCACCCGAUUUCAAUCACAAGAAAAUUGAUUGAGUCUCGCUUCCCAGGCUACGAACACCACAACGAGUUUUCUCCUGUUGUAACCGUGGGCCAGAAUUUCGACUCCCUGGGCUUCCCACUAGACCACCCCGGACGUAGUCGAACAGACACCUACUACAUCAACAAGGAUACCGUGCUACGGACACAUACAUCUGCCCAUCAAGCUGACGUCUUCCGCGCCAACACAAGCAAUGGCUUCACCAUCUCAGCAGAUGUCUACCGUAGAGAUGCUAUCGAUCGCUCACAUUAUCCUGUCUUUCACCAGAUGGAAGGCGCCAUGACAUGGGACCGCAAUGCUUUACCUAAGGGUAAAACUCUCGCGCAGCAGAUUUGGGAAGAUGUGGAAAGGCUGCCCAAGCCUGAUAUUGUUGUUGAAGACCCAAACCCUACCACUCACCCUGAACGCAAUCCUCUGCAAGAACCUCACACUCAGGAAGAAGCUGAAGCUGUCGCUGCACAUCUGAAGCGCUCUCUGGAGAACGUCGUUGUUGAAAUCUUCUCAAAAGCCAAGGAGGCAGCAGCUGCAUCCGCCAUUGAUGAAGGCCGCAACCAAGCUCAAUCGCAAGAACCAUUGAAAGUCCGCUGGAUCGAGGCGUACUUUCCUUUCACUUCGCCCUCAUGGGAGCUUGAAAUCUUCUGGCAAGGUGACUGGCUCGAAGUUCUCGGCUGUGGUGUCAUCUCUCAACCACUCCUUGACAAUGCUGACGCACCAUCAAGAGUCGGCUGGGCGUUCGGUAUCGGUCUUGAGAGGAUUGCCAUGCUGCUCUAUGAAAUCCCCGACAUCCGUCUGUUCUGGAGCAAAGACACUCGCUUUUUGUCUCAAUUUGACGAAAAGAAGAUUCGUCGUUUCGUGCCCUUCUCAAAGUACCCCGCUGCACCCCGCGAUGUUGCUUUCUGGCUACCCAAGAGCGUUGCUCAAGAUGCUGUUGUUACUGCCACCGCCUCGAACACUUCUUCAUCGCCUUCUCCUGCCGGUGGUCUCGCUUCAGAGGCAGUUGCACCUGCUCUGGAGUUCCACGAGAACGACAUUAUGGAGAUUGUGCGCAGUGCCGCUGGAGACUCUGUGGAAGAUGUCACUCUAAUUGACGAGUUCACUCACCCAAAGACUGGCCGUAGAAGUCUGUGCUACAGAAUCAACUACCGCAGUCUUGAGAGUACAUUGACCAAGGAGCAAGCCAAUGACAUGCAUGAGAAGAUUCGACAAGAGCUGGUAAGCAAGUUCGGCGUCGAAUUGAGAUAA